CAAGAAUGGGGUUUUAUUUUUAAAAUGUGAGGACUUUACUGGUUUUCCUUUAAUCCCUCACACCUCACACAUGCUUGUGCUGGAAAUAUGAUUAUGAAUAAAAUAAUAGUAAUACAAUUCCAGGUUUUGUUUUUUUUUUCCCUGAUCUUCUAAAUAGUUCUCAAAUUUACUCUUCUCUCCGUCUCCUCUUCCACACUACCACUUUAGUGCAAAUUACCAUCCUCUCUGGCCUUUUUCCUGUAGCUUUUAAUCUCCCAAUGCUCUCUUCUCCGGACUGCGGGCCAGUGAGCUUUUCAGGUGCUAAUAUACCUAUGCUUGAAAACCUCUGUAGUUUUCACUGUUCUCAUGGUAAAGACCAGAAUCUUCUCUGGUCCACCACGUCAUGUCACCCCAGCCCUCACUCUCCACUGCAGGCCACACUUCCUCCUUCCCUCCUGGUUCCCGCCUGACAUCUCGCUGGGUAGCCCUAGCUUCCCGCUUCCUGCGAGGUUCUACACCGCACCCCUUCCCCUACCUCCUCGGAUUUCAGAGUGCCUCUUCCUCGGGGAAGCCCUCCCUGAUUAGGCCAAACCUCACUGCCAGUCAUACAGCCCACAUCACCAAGGGCCUCUCUUUUAGGGCUUGUAUUUGUUUUGUAAUUACAUAUUCCCCCAUAUGAUAAUCUUAUUUAACUGCGUCGAUGCGAAUUUGGGCUGAAAAGCUAUUUGCGGAAGGAAUGUAUUGACUAGCGGGCCCAACCACUCCUCGCCCCUCCCACUACGGCUUCGGCGCAGCUAUUACGCAUUAAGUAGGCGCCGCGCGCACAGACCUCGCAGGCGCCUGCGCGAAGGGGCACGCAUGCGCAGAGAGGUGAGCUCGCUGACAGAUUCUCGGUGGCGGCGGCGGCGGCCCUGGACUGCGGGGAAUGGGAGUCCUAGGGCCCUGACUGAGCACCGCCCCCGCCUCCCUGUCUCCGACAUGGCUCAGGAGAAGAUGGAGCUGGACCUGGAGCUGCCUCCGGGUACGGGCGGGAGCUCGGCGGAGGGCGGCGGCACUAGCGGCGGCGGGGGCCUCAGGAGGUCUAACAGCGCCCCCCUGAUUCACGGCCUCAGUGACACUUCGCCGGUGUUCCAGGCCGAGGCGCCGAGCACCAGGCGGAACAGCACAACGUUCCCGAGCCGCCACGGCCUGCUGCUACCGGCCUCCCCUGUCCGCAUGCACAGCAGCCGCUUGCACCAGAUCAAGCAGGAGGAGGGCAUGGACUUGAUCAACAGAGAGACGGUCCACGAGCGGGAGGUGCAGACCGCAAUGCAGAUAAGCCACUCCUGGGAGGAAAGUUUCAGCCUGAGUGACAACGAUGUGGAGAAAUCGGCCUCCCCGAAGCGCAUCGAUUUCAUUCCUGUGUCACCAGCACCGUCACCCACUCGGGGAAUUGGGAAGCAGUGUUUUUCACCAUCCUUGCAAAGUUUUGUGAGUAGCAAUGGAUUGCCUCCAAGCCCUAUUCCCAGCCCAACGACCCGAUUUACUACCCGGAGAAGCCAGAGUCCCAUCAAUUGCAUUAGACCAAGUGUUCUUGGACCAUUAAAAAGAAAAUGUGAAAUGGAAACUGAUUACCAGCCAAAGAGAUUUUUCCAGGGCAUCACCAACAUGCUUUCUUCUGACGUUGCACAGCUGUCAGAUCCCGGUGUGUGUGUAUCUUCGGAUACCCUUGAUGGAAACAGCAGCAGUGCCGGAUCUUCUUGUAACUCACCAGCGAAAGUCAGCACUACCACCGACUCUCCUGUGUCACCCGCCCAAGUGGCCUCUCCAUUUAUUCCACUAGAUGAACUUUCAUCUAAGUGAUUCACCAAUCCUGAGACUGAUUUUUUGCAAUGGAGAGAGAGAAUAAUCAAGUUGGAGCAAGCACUGAACUUUGUCGAUUAAUUUGAGGCUAUUUCCUAUUUGACCCUUUUUCUUUUUUGGAAUUUCCUGAUAUGUUAUUAUUCUAGAGAACUUAUAUGUCAGGUUCCUGCGGAUACCCUUGAAUUCAGUGUAGUAAUAUUUUCAGACGUUUUCCCAAUAAGUGUGUUGAAGCAUACAUCUUUACGCUGCUAAUAUGUCUAAAUACAUAUGUUAUCCCUUGAUUUUUUUAAAUAAUUGAGAGCUCUAUUUAUUUAUGGGAUUAUUAAGUUCUGAUGAAAAUAUAAAUGUUGAGUUAAUCAGCAUAGUAAACUGAUGUUUUAAAAUUCCAUACUUCAUGCCCACACUAAUUUUUAAUGUUAUUUUCCAAUGAUUGCUAAUUUCCAUUUGAUGAAGAACAAUAACUUACCUAAUUACAGCUUUCUAAGAAAAUAUGUUAGUUAUAACAUAUCAAUCCAGUGGUUGUCUAUUUUACCCAAGAAUUCUUGAAUAUUUAAUUUUCUGGAUACUGAAGUGUAUGGAGGGGGAAUGAUAAAAGAACAAAUUAUAAAAGUUUGGAACAAAUCUUUUAAGUAUAUAAAAGUAAACGUAUUUAAGAAAAACAUUUUUAAAUGAAAUUUUAAUAGUAAUUCUAGUAAAUCAUACAAAUAUAACCUAUACAGGAAAUGAAAUUUUUCUUUUUUUCUUUUGUGUAACCAGAAAGUGCAUUCUCUUGGGUAUAAUCCUAAAGUGAAAUGGGACAGUGCCUUGCAGUCUUAGCCCACUGUACAUAGGCUCAGGCUAGGCCCUUUGUACCAUUGUAAACUUAAAAGUUUUUCAAAUGUAGAAAAUGUGUGGGAAGCCUGUUGAAUUUCAGCAGAGCACCCAGGCAGACAAUAUUCUCAAUCAUUGAUAUACUUUAAAAUAUUCAGUCGUGCCUCAGUUCUGAAAAUUGUUGCCAACCAGGAGCCAGAGCAAUUUUUGGCUGCUUUUCUGCUCUGCCCAUCUGUCACCUUCCUGGUUUCCCCUUGCUCAGGAAGGAAGCAGCUGUUUCCUUGCCAACAGGUCCUUCCUCGUCAUCUACUACCAAACUAGUGCACCAUCUAUUAGACAAAAGUACAGUGUGACUCGGAUUUUUAACAGUGAGCAACAACAGGACUGUGAAUUGUUUAACUUCUGUGGUUAAAGCUACAGCUUGAGUUGACUACCUUGGUGAUGUCAGUUAAUGAAGGGUCGAUGAUUUGCAAGAGAAAAAUCAAUGAAGAGUCACAUAGAUUAGUAGAAAAUGUUUGAAGUUCCAAGAGAGUUGGAAGAUGAGAAUGGUUGCCAGACAACGAACCAAGAAGAUGAGACACAUUUCCUGAGUAGCAUCAGAGAACAGAAGAAAGAGUUGGCCUUGGAAAGGAAGUCUGGAAACAUUUUUUCUUCUGAAAAAGGCGAAAAGGCUAGGCAAAGACAUCUGUAAAUGUUGAACUGAUUUGCUGUUGCAGAGGUUUAGGGGUAUGGAGGAAUGUAUAUGUAAACCAGGAAGAAUUUGUAUCUGAUUGCUUCUAUUUUCCAAUUAUUGAGGGGUCCAGGAUAUUUGAGAGUAGGGACAGGAGUGGAUUUGGAAGCCUGAGUGAAAUAAAGGUUUAUUAUUGCCUCUAUGAGAAUCUAAGGAGAGACUUAGGGUAACUAGGAGAUUUAUUAGGCCACAUUGGAUGCCAGGUUGCAGUUUGAUGGUAGGUGCAAAAGAAGUGGGUUGGAUUGGAUAGCUUUGGGGAUUGGUUAAGUGAGUACUAGGUAAAGUCCAGUUAAGGGUUCUGCUGAAGUGUGGUUUGAAUGAUUGGUGGAAGCGUUGAGAAUGGUAAGAAGUCAGCAGAGGGUGAUGAGCUAGGCCAUUCUACUUUUUUCCGUAUUUUACCUUAUAAUCAGCCAUGACAAAGUGUACAGGUUCUGGUCUCACUGUAGGACUCUCACUGUAGUUUUACCCAUGGCUAAUUUUGUUUAGAGAAUCAACCCCAAAGGCAAGCCUUGAGUUCCACUUAUUUGAUAAAAAUUUAUGUCAGAUUGCUCACUAUAGCCAAGACAGAGUUCUUUGUGCCUUCCCUAACUUGCCAUCCAAAAAUUUAAAAAUUUUUCUUAAAAGUUGAAAUGAUCUAUAUAUAAAAAGUAAUAAAAUACUUGUUAUGUGUCAGGCACUGUUCUAGGUGCCAAGCAAAUGUAUCAGUGCAU